AAUCUGUCAUACAUGUAGAUUGAGAACGUUCGUCUGUUGGAUCGUUUCAAUUCCCGCAAGCCAUCCUCAGGCACACUGUAUCUGACUGCUACACAUCUGAUAUUUGUGGAUCCUGCUGGCAAGAAAGAAACAUGGAUCCUUCAUAUGCAUAUUGGGUUUGUAGAGAAGCUCCCUUUGACAACGGCAGGAGCCCCUCUUCAGAUCAGAUGUAAGACUUUCCAGGCCGCAACUUUUGUUAUACCCAGAGAGAAAGAUUGCCAAGAGCUAUACAAGUCAUUACAGAAGCUCUCAAAUCCAGCUGAGCUUGAAGACCUGUAUGCAUUCCACUACAAGUCAGCUACUGUUGUACCUUCUAUGGUAACAGGUUGGGAUCAGUUUGAUCUACAGGCAGAGUAUGCACGCAUGGGUAUACCCAAUGAACAUUGGUGUAGCACAGCCAUUAACAAGAAUUAUGAGAUUUGUGACACGUAUUCAAGAAGUCUAUAUGUCCCUACGUAUGCGAGUACACCAGUCUUAGUUGGGAGUUCUAGAUUCAGGAGUAGAGGUCGGUUACCAGUCUUGUCAUACCUACAUCGAGAAAACAAUGCUGCCAUGUGUCGAUGUAGUCAGCCAUUGGCAGGGUUUAGUGCUCGUUGUGUGGAAGAUGAAGAGAUGUUACAAGCUAUCCUAAAGACAAAUCCAAAGUCAGAUGUCAUGUAUAUUGUUGAUACUAGGCCAAAGAUUAAUGCGAUGGUGAAUAAAGCCUCAGGGAAAGGGUAUGAGUCAACAGAAGUGUAUACCAACAUCAGAUUCAAAUUUCUAGGAAUAGAAAAUAUACAUGUGAUGAGGAGCAGUUUGCAGAAGCUUAUUGACGUGUGUGAGUUAAAGAAUCCCUCUAUGGAAGCAUUCUUGAGUGGUUUAGAAUCUAGUCAAUGGAUGAAGCACAUCAAGGCUAUACUAGAUACAUCAUUAUUCAUUGCCAAGGCUAUUGCUGAUGAAGGAUUGUCAGUCUUGGUUCAUUGUUCAGAUGGCUGGGAUAGGACAGCUCAGACAUGCUCUUUAUCAAGUAUCUUACUGGAUCCAUACUAUAGAACUGUACAAGGUUUUCAGGUGUUGAUUGAGAAGGAGUGGUUGGCGUUUGGUCACAAGUUCCUGCAUCGAUGUGGUCUGCUAGCGUGUGACCCUAGAGAGGUGUCGCCAGUCUUCACCCAGUUCAUUGACUGUACCUGGCAGCUGUGUCAACAGUUUCCUUGUGCGUUUCAGUUCAAUGAGAGGUUCCUUCUAGAGCUCCACGAUCACGUCUUCUCCAGCCAGUUUGGCAACUUCCUUGGUAACUGUGAGAAGGAGAGGCAGGAUAAAAAGUUAUCCCAGAAGACAUUUUCUCUAUGGCGUUACAUGCAGGCUCGUAUGUCUGAUUACAUCAACCCCCUCUACAAACCUAAUCAUCCAAGCACAGAUGGUAUCCUCACACCGGACUUCAGCCCUCAGAUGCUCAAGUUUUGGCGUGGGAUGUACAACCGGUAUGAGAAUGGAGUACAUCCAAGGGAAUCGGUCUCUGAUGUAUUGAGUGCAAUGAAAGAUCACAGUUCUUCACUAGCAGACCAUGUACAGUUCUUGGAGAAUCAAAUAGCAUCAUUGAAGAAGAUGCUGACAUCUGAGAGUGUAAGCAGGGAGGAGAAACCUGAUACUAAUCAUAUCUUAGAGAAUGGUAGCAGUCAGAAUUCCAUCUCACUAGACAAAGAUGAUAUGAUAUCAACCAAAAAUGACCUAUCUAAUGAAAAAUAUGACUCAAGUGCAAUCAACAGAGAUGACUCACCCAACAACGAUGUGUCCUCUCUGAAGACCAGUCCAUCCCUGAGACGGGAUGAUAGUAGUGAAGUCCUCUCAGCAUCCCUUAUGAACAAUGCUGUAGAGAGUGUAGCUACUGAAUGGCAGAGCUUCAGGCAUAUAAGACAGUGCUCCUGUUCAUCUCCAUUUGACUACUUCAGCAGAAAGUACCAUUGUUGGAAGUGCGGUGAAGUCUUCUGUAUCCGAUGUAUAGAUAAGCAAACUCUGUUACCGGGUCAUGAAUCCCAGCGUCCUGUCCCAGUCUGUCGGCCCUGCUACAGGGAACUCAAAGCGGGUUGUUCCGAGCCUAGCACGCCCUCACGCUCACCGUCCGUGGGUCUGUCCCCAACGCACAUCUUAGCCAGUGGUCCAUUAUCACCGACAUCACCCAUCACAAACUCAUUAGGGACCAUGCAGAUUCAAGAAUAAUGAGAGACUGAUGACCCAGUUACAUUGCUGGAAUGGAUAUCAGUCUGAAAGCUUCUGAACCAAGUGUUACAUCACCCUCAACUUCAAGGUUUCCUUGGUAAUUGGUUGGUACGCAUUCUGUUUUUUGUGAUGUAUAUGUAACUGGGUCACAAGCACUUCAAGGAUACGACGAUGUCUGCUGUUGCUUAGCCAGUGUUGUCUAUAGAAUAUAACGAAGAGUAAAUUAGAUAUAUAUUUUUUUCUUUUCUUCAUUCUUGCAUUCUAAUCUCAACAGUCUGGUUUCAUUAUUUUUCAUUCAUUUUCUAUUACCUCUACUUAAAGUUUGCUUCUUGAUGUAUGGCUCAGUAUUUAUUGUAAAUCACUCUUAUUACAUCUUUGGCCGUUUUAUGCUUCCACUUUUCAGGCCAGAAUCAGCGUUUCCAAACGUGAUUAGUCCAAAACACGGUUGCGUCCAUGCUUAUUGUCAUUUAAACGCUGUUUCGAAACGCCGAACGUAAACUCACAAAAAGGUGCGUUUGUAAAUGUCGUUUGACCAGAAUCAGGCUUUCUGGGGAAGUAUAAACAGAACCACGAUCGUAAACGUGUUUAAAUGACGUCAUUUGGUACAUGCUUCCGGUGAGAUGAAAAUCCGCGGGCAAAUACAGUCGCAUUGCUCCACAUGGUUGCAUGUUACCUCCAUGGAAUUACUUCUUAUCUCCCUUGUUUUUUGCAUGUGUAGUACUAUUACUAGUAUUACUCUUCCAAUUUGUCAUCACGAUGAAUGUUGAGGGAUUUACACCAAAAACCUGGAACAGGAGUUAUAAUGAGGAGACAUCGCCAGAUGCCCUAGUAGCAUAAACAAGUAGAUAUUUUAUUAUUUUGUAUACUUAAUAUUCUUUAUUUUUUCUUAUUAUCAUGGUGGAAAUUAUAUGGCUAUAUCAAGAAGCUCCAUGCAAUUACUAAAAUAUCGGAAAUUGUUCGAUGUUUAUAUAACAGUCGACGUACCUUCCCCAUACCAACACUCGGAGAAAAAAAAACUUUCGAAAAAGGGUGCGCCCAAUUUGACCUCGCUUUCCUGCUCAACGAAAAUUACGAUGCGAAGCCAGCUGGAGAUUGUGAUUUCGCCUCUGAAAAUUUAAGCAUAAACAGCACUCCCAGAACCACGUUUACGAUCGGCGUUUUGAAUCGACGUUUGAAAACGCUGAUUCUGCCCUCGCAAUGGAAGCAUAAACACACCCUUAGUGAUAUAUAUAAUUCAUUUUCCAUCCAACCAAAUGCCUAGAUCCAAUUUUUUUUUCUGAGUCAUCUUUAUUUCAAUGGAUAUGUACAGGAAUUGGGAAUUGCCAAAGUUUUUUCAAAUGUUUUUUAAAUAUUUUUUAUAACUUUGGAGAGGUGUUUUGCUCACUGAAUAUGUCAUUGUACCUGAAUAUGUCUAAUUUUUGGCUCUGCCCGCUUAGAUAUCCAUUUGGCACAACAUGAAUCUAUGUUUUGCCACUCUCCACCCAGGUGUGGAUGAGUGCUGCCAGGAAGGGGCUCCUGGAAUAAAGUUUUUCACAAAGAGGUAUUGUGAUUCAAAGUCAUGUUUACACCCCAGUGCAAAUGUUGUAUGUAAUGUAUAUUCUGAUUGAUGACUCUCCAGCAGUGCACAUAGGCCUAUAUAGAGUGUGCUCUGUCCAACUCGAUAUUAUUCCAUACCACACACCACUAGGAAUUCCAGUAUGACAUAAGGGGCCCGUUUCAGAAAGAGUUAGAACUAUGGUUACCUUGCCAUUAUUGUAACUACCGUGGAAAGCUUUAUUGUGAUUGGCUGCUGAGCCCUGUUACCAUGGUAGUUGUGUAAAUGGCAAAGUUAGAAUAGUCGUAAUUCUUUACAAAACAGACCCACUUACCUCUUUGUGAAACACCACUCCCCCUGGAGUGCCAAAAUCAGGAACGUAGCUGUGCUAACCAGCAUGGUAGCAAUCUUUCCUUCCAUCAUUGGUAGAUGUGUAUGUGUUAUAAACAUCAAAUUUAUUUAUUCUUAUUGAAUUUCAGAGGUAUGAAUUUCAUUUUUGGUGCUCAACCAUGUAGUUGGUAGUCAACCAAGCAACUCUUCAUCAUUUAAAUAUCUGCCAAAACUAUGAAUUCUUCACAGGCAAAUCGGUCAAUGUUUGCAAGUGUUCUAGCUUAAUCAAUGUAAUGAUUAGAAGUUGGAAGCAAUAGGGUUACCUACAGCUUGCGUAGCUUGUCAAACUCAGUGUCUGAUGACUAUUACAAAUAUUUCAAUGUAGAUGAUAAUGUUACAGGACUUGGUGAAGCAACUUGAAGAUUGCCCUGAGGCACAUGAUAUAGUAAUGAAGGUGAUUAUAGUAAUAGUACCAAUGAUAGUCCUUAUUUACCAUGAGUAGUCGUCAUAAUGUGGUCUUCAAGUGGGCCAUGCACACUAUAGCAUUACUCUCAUAUUGAAUACGCCAAGCACACCGUGAUAAGGCAGAAAGUCCCAUUUUUCAGGUCAUUGGUAUGACAUCAUUGACCUGGCAGGGCUAGGGAUCGAACCUAUAACCUUUCUAAGGUCAAGUAAAGACAUUUUAUCACUUACCUAACCAUGAAAUAAUAUAGAAUUUCUGUUGAAUAAUUCUCAUUGUAAUUCAAGAGUGCAAUCUGACAGUUUUUUAUAUUUCCUCUAAAAAUAUACAUCCCCGGAAGUUUAUUUUGGCCUCGUCCCCCCUACCCAAUACCCCCCUAACCGAUAUCAGCAAUUUUCUAUUACCUGUUCAAUUACCAAGACACAACAUAAAAAAAUAGUAAGAGAAUCAUUAAUUUGUUUGAUAAUUCUCUGCAACAUUUUCAAUACUUUAAGACAGUAUUAUGCUUCAUCUCCUGAUCAAUGUGAGAACAUAAUUGGAAAUGCUGCCGUGCCUGUAGACCAAUGUGUUAGCAAAAAUGAGAAAUUUUCAUUCCUAUUUUUUUUUCUGAAAUGAAUGCACUAUUUUCAGUGUGCCUCAAUGUUUGUAUAAAAUUAAGAUUGUAAUAGUAAAAUUACGAUUGUAAUUGUAAAAUUAAAUACAAUCAUCGGUUUCUUGCAUUGAAGAGAAUGUUUUUGGUUCUUGGCCUUAUUUCAUGAGGCUUUUUGUCAAUCACAAAUUAUUAGCUGCUGUUAGCUGCUAUUAUACUGAAAUCCUGCUGUUUGAUAGGUUUAUAGCAGAUUUAUCAUAAUUAUCAUUAUAUCAUUUAUAAUUGAUAGAAGUUUUCAUGAGACUGGGUGCUGAUUUGGGAGUUACAGGUUGGAACAACAUUUAAUAUAGAGUGGGUCAAUUCUAAGGAUAUUUUUAUAUGAAUCUGAAUUAAAAGCGCUUGCCAAGUCUUGUAUAAAAAUUGUGUAGUGUGAAUGUAUGAUAUAUAUUUGACUAUUGAUAUGAAUGAACAUUCCCUUUUUACAAAUGAGUAAGUAUGUAAUCUGUAUUAACUUUGAUUCCUUGCAUAAUUGCAUUAGUAAUAAUUCUAAUUUUGGUCUAUGUGUGAUGAAAUGUAAUAAAAAUGUUAUAUUGUUCAUGAAGUCACUUUUUAAUCUAUCACUAUCACUACCAUCAUGCACAUAGUAGAAGGGUGUAGGCACAUAGACAAGUAAUGUGAAAAUGAUUUAUAUCCACCAAUUUCAUUUUGAGUUCAGUAAAAGGUGUUUCAGGGCUUAAUACAGUAUGAAUAUUGCUAUGAUAAAGUGUGCUAAGGGAUAGAUAAAAUGCCACACAGGUUCAGAGCAUGAUCCUACAUGGAUGCAGGUUUUCUUGAAAACAGAUUAAAAAUCCCAAGCUAAGCAGUCAGUCACGCUGAAACAUCAUAUAAAGGGCUUUGAAACCAGUUUGAUUGUUUCUUUCUUCUCUCAGAAAUAAUCAAUGUAUCCUUUGUGCCAUCAGAAAGAAUUCAUAUUCCUCUCUAUAAUGAUACUUUACUUAUUUUGAUUGAAAAUGACAGUAUGGUUGAAAAUUAUUGGAAAACACCCAGAGUGAGUGAAGAACAUGUUCUUAUGUACCAAGUUAUAUAUUUUGAUGUCUACUGGCUUGUCAGCCACCAAAUGAUUUACCGAACUGAGAUUAUUUUUCAAACUUACCAAUAUUGAUCUUUUCCAUCUUUCAAAGCAAUUAACCCCCAUGUAAGUCAUGAUCAUUACAAGUAAUGUAUAGUUUCAAGUAAAUUUAAUCAUUUUCCUGAUGAAAUCCUGCUUUAAUAUUGUAACGAGGCCAACAUUUCGAGGGACCAAGUUUUGAAAAUGGUGCAGUAUUUCUGUUGUGAACAUUACCGGUAGUAGUAUUCCAGUUCCAAGCAUGCAUAAUGAAGCAAAAUUUAACAGAUUUCCCAACUUUUCUGGAGGAGUUCAUUAUUGAGCUGUUGACUCCUUGAUGUAAAAGCUGUAUGUAAGACCUCUCAGCAAUGUGGAGCCCUUCAAUGCUAGAGAGGCUGGUCAGAUAUUUAACUUGGAUGGCUUAUACAAAAGGCUAGCUUAUUUUCAAAGACAUUUCUCACUCAUCACGAGCCAGCUACCUGUGAUAUAGUUCUCAAGGUCAUUCUAUUUUCACAACAUUUUAACUACAGGUAAUUUUUCCAAGUUUCCAAUUUGGACCUUUUCUAUAUUUCAAAGCAAUUUACCCCCCUGUAUGCCAUCUGCUUUCAGUUUAGACCACUCGGCAUCAAACACCCAAUUUUGAAGUUUGGGUAGACAUUCUUGGUGAUUGUCUAUUUCAGUGCAAUGUAGAUAGAUUUUAUUUAUCAAAUUCAUAGAAGGCAUUUCUAUUGUGAAGACAAUUUCUUUUCCAAUUCAAUGUAUUCAUGAGUGUGGCUUCAUAUUUCUCUUUAUAUUUCUCAUUUCCUUUUCUCUAGGAAUUUAACUUUAUUUCACUGUCAAUUUUAAUUUUAUUUGCCGUACUUGUAAAUGUUUUACAUAUUUUCUCAUCCUUUACACUACGUAUUAUGUUCUAUAAUACAUGAUAUGAAAAGUUUAAAACAGUAAUUUCUUUGGACGAAAGAAAAAUACAUUUAUGACCUACAUAAAGAGUUUUGAUGAUGAACCAUGUAGAAAACCUUAGAUUUUGUAUUAAAUAGCAUUCAACACAAGUGAACUUGCAGUGGUCGAUCGGCUCGUGCAGGAAAUGUAACUCUUUAAAAUUUCUCCAUUUCCCUUCCUUUCUUUACUCUGCCAUGAGCAUCUUCUCAUGAUGUAUAUUGAUGCAUUACAAAUGUCCAUAUUACUAUCAUUUGAAAUACAGAUGCAUACAUUGUAGAAUUGUGUUUGAUUUGUGUUUCAUAAUACAUGCAUGCAAAUUGGGCCUGUCUUUUGAUGUCACCCGUCGUUAAUCCUGUGAGAUUUAUCAGUGUAAUGAUAAUAAUAUGUCCAUUUAUAUAGCGCAGUUAGUAGGUGCAUAUACUCAACUGCGCUUUUUGAUACUUGGUAUCAUAUCAUUACCCCAGCCGUAGCUUAGCCGCUAUUAUCGUCGCUAGAGGAUCAAGGAAUAGAUCUAACCAGGUACCCAUUCACCUCACCUGGGUUAAGUACAGCACAGUGUGGGUAAAUUUCUUGCAGAAGGAAAACAUGCCAUGGCUGGGAUUGAACCCAUGCCCCUCUGAUUGAAAGAUGAUAGUCGUAACCACUAGAUCAUUACGCAUCCACAGUGUACCAAACACCAUGCAUCAAUAACUGUUUCUUUUUCAAAGUGAUCACAAACCUUAUUCAAACUCUGCAGCUUUCCUUGGACCUCCCUGCUAGUUCUACCGAUUGUUUCUUUAAUUUUUCAAUUCUCACUUGCGAUACUUGCUAUCCAAAAAUAGUUGUCAACUUUCAAAAGCCUUAUGAAUAUGAAAGUGGGAGGCACAUGUAUUAUAAAAUGCACAAAUUAUCCCCCUAUUUUAUUCUUAGAUUGAAUAAUUUACCUGAUGCACAUGUCACUCUCUCCCCCCUUCAUACAAACUUUAGUAUCACUCUAUCACUGGGAAACGUUGUGAUGGGUAUAUCAUGUAUGCAAUCACAACUUUUCCUGUAGAAGAAAAUUAUAACAUGGUGAUGAUGAUAGUCAUAAUCGUAAUAAUGAUAACAGCAAAGAUUAUGGUUAAUAUCAACACCAAAAAUACUAUUUAUUUUUCAAUGAAAAAAAAGUCAAGAAUCAGACAGAAAUGAAUAGGGUACCUUUUAUUACUUUAAAUUACGUGUAAGAUGACAUUUGACAAAUACAUUUAAGUAAAGAUUUUUAAUGAUAACUAUGCCAAAAAUCAUCAUGUAAAAAAAUAACUCAUUGCUUGUUUAUUCUUGUCAUUCUCUUGCAAUAUAUUGUUUACUCUUUCUCUGACCUCACCUUUUGUGGUUAUCUUGACUCAGAUCUUUAAAGUGUUGGCGUUUUCUAUCUCAAACCUAUUACUGUCAAAACUGGCAAAAUUUUAUCUGUACCAUUGUCAGCCAAAAUGAUUGAAGACUUAGAUAGAAACCAUGAAUCAAACAAACUGUAUUUGAUAGUGAUUAUGUCAUGUCUUUAUGCCAGAUGUCCACUUUUUCUGGUUUAUUUUAGCCUAUUGUGUUAUUUUAAUAUAUAUUUUCUAAACCCUUUAUCCCAUUUUUUAUAUGUAUGCCAUGCCAAUUUUGAAGAUAUAUCACCUAUCAACAAAGAAAAUGCUAUUGAUGAUAAAUCGAAAAUCUGGAUUGGCUCUUUUAUAUAAUAUUUGAAUAGGUCUUGUACUCUAUUCAGUGUCCAUAAAUUGGGUGAUUUCAAGUUCAGUGUUGACUUUUUGGUGUUGGUGUUAGGUGAAUUUUUACACGAUUAUAACACUAUAACAUAAAAUGAAGAUGGUUCCAAAAAAUCACUCACUAGUUGUUGAGAUGUCAAUGAUGUGAUCUGGAUCGGUUUUACAAACUCAGAAUAAGUUUUGGAGCGAGGGGAAGCAAUCCAAAUUUCAACACCCAACACCAAACCAAGGCUAACACCGGACUUGAAAUCACCCAUUGUAUUAUUUAAAGUGAUAAUGCAAUCUGCAGCAAGUAAAUGAACAAUUAUCUAUCAAACAUGAAAAAAUAUAUAUCCUUAUUAAAUGUUAAUUAUUUAUUCCUUGUAAAAUUAUGGAUAUGAUGUUUUUUAUUUUUCAUGAUUUAGUAAAUGAAAUAUAUGUUAAACUGUAUUUUAAAGAUGUGCUAGAAUGUACAUUAUGUUGUCAAUAUAAGAACACUGAUGGAAUGUAUUUUCUUUGGAGCACUGUCAUUGUUUUCUAAAAGAAAUUUCUAGCAUCACUUGCAAAGCAGUAUAAGCGCCUUUGUGUAUGUAUGCUUGUACAUAAAAAUGAAAAGGAAAGUAUAAAUAUAUAUGUUCAAUGAAAUUCCUUAGUUUAUCAAAUCAAAGAGUUUACAGAAAUUAAAUGGAAUAUGUGAUAAUAUAUAUGUAUAGUAUAGCUUAUAAGUUCAAAA